UCGCUGACACUACACGAAUAUCAAACGGAUCCGAUCAGCUCAGCAUGUGGCGAAGGGUCACAGCCAGGGUUUGGGGCGUUUCUCUGCAGUACUUCGGGGGCCCGACGACCUACCCCUUUGGGCGGGUCUCUCUCAGAGGCCACAAUAGAAGAGGGGUGGUGACAGUCUCUGUCGCCCCCGCUGCAGGUUUGGCAGAUCAGCCCGCGAGAAUUUCGGUGUGGGGGCUUAUGCCUUUGCAAGAAGUGACCCUUAGGGCUCUAGCGACGAAUGAACAGGGCAGCCUCUUUGAUUCCUGUGCCCACUACCAAGCGGAUAAGCAGGGGGAGGUAGACCUGUCCAAAGAUGCCUCCAAGGGAGGUGACUACGUUGGCUUGGAGCCUAUGGGGCUGUUUUGGAGCCUCUCCCCUGCUUCCAUGGAGAAACCCUAUCAAAGGCUCGAGCCCAUGAACGUGAAGAAGGAGCCCAUGAAAGUGGAGAUGUCUGUGCACCGGGGGUACAGCCAGCCCGGUGCUAUACCUGGAGAGGUGCUUGCCAGAACGAGCGUGGAGAGGUGGUUCAGCCUUCCUGAAGUGAGAAAGAUUAGGCUGAAGGAAGGUGUGGUAAGAGGCAGCUUGUUCCUCCCCCCAGGGGAUGGCCCUUUUCCAGGAGUGAUAGAUAUGUUUGGUGAUGAAGGUGGGUUAAUUGAAUUCCGAUCCAGCCUUCUGGCUACUCAUGGCUUUGCUGCUCUUUCCCUGCCAUAUUUUAAUUUUGAGGAUCUCCCCAAGGUUAUGGAGGAUUUCCACCUUGAGUACUUCGAAGAGGCAGCCAGAUUUCUGCUGCGCCACCCAAAGGUCAAAGGACCAGGAAUUGGUGUUGUUGGAACUGGGAAAGGAGCAGAAUUGGCAUCUUCAAUGAUGACCUUCUUGCCUGAAGUGGUGGCUGCUGUCUGCAUUUCUGGCUGCAGCUCUAUCACAGCCAGUGCCUUGCAUUAUGGUAAACUUACUCUGCCUGGACUUUGCUUUAAUAUGAGCAGAGUUAGUAUUUCUGAGAAUGGUGUGUUUGAUAUUUAUGAAGCCUUGGAUGACCCAAUGGAUCCAGCUAAUUCAUGUUGCCGCAUCCCCAUAGAGAAAGCAGACGGCCACUUCCUUUUUGUGGUAGGGGAGGAUGACCGCAAUUGGAAGAGUUCUUCGUAUGCUGAGAUAGCGACUGAGUGCUUACGCCAGCAUGGGAAGGACAAUUAUAAACUCUUGAGUUAUCUUGGAGCAGGCCAUCGAAUUAAUCCAUCUUUUUCCCCAGUUUGCCUGAUAGCUUUGGACCGUGUUCUAGGGGUGCCUAUCCUAGGUGGUGGAGAGCACAGAGCUCAUGCGCACGCCCAAGAACAUUCUUGGGGGAAGAUUCUCGAGUUUCUGCACUUCCACUUGAGAUGAGAGGAGUGACAAAAUAAAUGAACACUGAGAGAGGAUGAGAGAAAAGGUGCUAAAAGCUACUAAAAUGUUACUCAGACUGAGAAAAAAGAAUGGAAAGAGCUGGAAUAUGUUAUAUAUGGAUUAAAUUACCAUCAAAGUGGAUGACAAGAUAGGAUUGGACUAUUUCAGGGUGGAAUGGCCAGAGGUGUGCUUAAAAGAAAUUAACUUGGCGUACUGAAUGAAGAAUACUAAUGAUGAAAACAUGUGUGUGGUAUAUGAAUGCAUGUUUCCUGGUACAGAAAUUGCUUGGGACUGUUGAACCAUAGGCCUUGCUUAAGUUAACCUAUUUGGAGCUGUAAAUCCUGGCCAAAUCCUACAAAAUUAAAGGUGGAGCAGCACAGCAAAUAAUACUUACAAAAUGGUAAACAACCAGCUUACUCUUCAACACCAGCUAAAGGCCCCUGCCAUCUUGAAAUCUCAUAUCCAAAAUGUGUCUGGAAAUUGUUUCCAGAAUAUGACUUACCUCCAGCAAACACAGCCAAUGUCACUACUUGAAGAAAAAGCCAGAGAGCUGUUUAAACCAGGCAGAAAACAACUAGAAUCAUGCACAGCCUGACCUUAAAUUGCAACCCACCAUUGACCAUGCCAAUCAGGACUGUUGUGGGACUAUACAUCCUUGCUUUAAACAGAAAUUGUGUUCCACCUAAUGCAGAGGGAUAGGAUUACCAUUUGUCUAACACUGGGGCAAGGAACCUACAGCCAUAGGCGGCCCUCUGUCUAAUUUCAUGUGGUUUACAUUAUCUGGUUCUGCAUGUGGUCAUGACAAAUCUUGUCUCCAUGCCACCCUUCAGGGAAGCGCUUCUUAUUUGACUUGUGUGUGUGGUUCCUUGUAUUAGAAGUGGGUAUUUUGUUCUUAUGAAGUGGGCAUUUUGUCCUUAUGAUGGUGUACUUAAAUGUUGGAUUUUUAUCACCCCUGGUAAUGUUAUAUCCUUAUAACUUCCUCUGGCAUUUCUGUCUUGGAUUGCCUGUUUUAAGCUAACAGUGAUUUCUGGUUUAGCCAGGAUUUUCAGAGUAUUUUUCUUUCGCCUUGCUAUUGGCCUCUUAACCAGAUUUUAGCAAUGCAGAUAGUCUUGGCUUCAGGUUUUACUUUUUUUGUAAGGGAAGAACUCUAAGAAGGAAUUCUGAUCUGGAUUUCAUGGCUGAGCAUAUGGCUGGAAGAGGAUAAAUUAAAAUACACAUGGUCUUUGACUACUUGAAGCAAUCAAAGGAUGACCCUCACAGCAAUACAUUAUAGUAGGGCUGGAAAUGUGAAUGCCUGGGGGAAAAACCGAAAAAAGGGGGGGGGCUGGGCCUUUCCCAUUCCCCGCCAGACUUUUUCCCCACCCCCACAAAUUGGAAAAACUGAAGAAUUUUGCAUUGUAAAAUAUGAAUAAUUUUUUGAAAAAAAUGCUUAAGACAAGGUAAUAAUAUAUUGCUACAGUCUUCACUCCACUCAAAUGACUUCUAAAAACUACAUCAUAGAAAAACUUUUAUAGGAUUACUAGAGAUAUAACAUUUCUGGAAUGUUUGCAGCUAUGAGGGGAAAAGUUUUUUUAAAAAAUAUUCUUCCAUUCCUUAUUAAAAUUAUUUAUCUAAUCUUUUACAUUUUGGGAUGCUCCAAGUCAUGCUCACCAUAUCAUAAUACAUGAAUAAAAUAUGCAUUCGUGACAGUUUGGGUUUUGUUCUAUAGAGUCUUGUCUUUGUGGACUUGUUCUGGUUAUUGCUGUAGUAGUCAGUACAAGUAGAUCUAAAUUAAACAUGUGAGAGAAACACUGUAAACUAUCUCAAUAUUGCCACUGCUACAAAACAACAUGUAGGUUAGCUCACCCUUGUUUCUUUUUCUUUU